AUGCCCUUCCUGCAAGUCGGAUAUAAGAAAAUCCAUUACACAGACUCCCAGCCUGACAACCAUGAAGUGCGUGAGACAUUCAUCUGCAUGCAUGGUCUCGGCUCCUCGCAAGACUACUAUCACGCGAUAGCGCUCGGCCUGAAAGCCCACCACUUCCGAUGUAUUACCUUCGAUACGACGGGCGCGGGGCGGUCGCCGUACACACAGGUUGAGCAGAGUAUUGAGAGUCUGUCGGAUGAUAUAAUUGGGAUUAUGGACAAGUUAGAGGUGUCCAAGGCUAUAGUGGUGGGGCAUAGCAUGGGAGGUAUCGUAGCAGCGAAUCUCGCCGCGGAACGGAACGACCGUGUCGUUGCAGCGGUGCUCAUCGGACCCGUAUAUCCUAACCCAAACGUAAUCCCGGUGUUCGAGAAGAGAAUAGAGACAGUGACGAAAGAAGGCAUGGAAGCUAUGGCAAAUACCGUGCCUUAUGGAGCCCUAGCGAAGGGUGCAUCUCCUCUCGUCAGGGCAUUCAUUCGCGAACUGCUCCUUGGCCAGGACCCGGCAGGUUAUUGCAGCAAUUGCCGCGUUAUAAUAAAUGCUAAACCUCCAAAUUAUGGCAAGAUUUCCGUCCCGAUAUUGCUACUCGCCGGCGAGGAGGAUAACUCUGCACCACUAGAAGGCUGCACGAAGAUGUUUGAGGAAAUUGGGACUGGCCAGAAGAAGAUGGAAGUCAUGAAGGGUGUAGGGCACUGGCAGUGUGUUGAGGCCUUCGAGGAAGUGGGGAAGCAGAUAUUAGCCUUCUAUCACGAUAUUCAAUGA